AUGCAUCUCUACGACUCUACCAUCCCAUCUGGCAACGCUUAUAAGAUUCAACUCCUCCUCUCGCACCUUAAAAUCCCCUACAAGACAACAAGUCUGAAUAUUGUAUCCAUACCAUCAGAAUCCCGUAGCGCGGAAUUCCUUGUAUUGAAUCCAAAUGGCCGAAUUCCCACCAUAGUUCUGGACGAUGGUACUGUCCUCGCUGAAUCAAACGCUAUCAUGUUUUACUUGGCCGAGGGCACGAAAUAUCUACCAGAUGACAAACUGGAAAGAGCCAGGGUCUUCCAAUGGCUAUUCUUCGAACAGUAUUCGCAUGAGCCUUAUGUAGCAGUGUGCAAAUUCCGGACGUAUUGGGCUCCGGGAGGAUUUGACGAUUUGACUGAGCGGGAGAUUAAAAAGUUGAGAGAGCGGGGACAAGAUGCUAUCGAUGUCAUGGAAAUUCAUCUGAGUGGACGGGAAUGGUUCGUGGGAGACGAUUACAGCAUUGCGGAUAUUGCUCUUUAUGUAUAUACGAGUGCAGCAGAGGCCAUCGGGUUUAGGGUGGAAGGGCAUGUGAGGGCGUGGUUGGAGAGGGUCGAGAAGGUGGAGGGCUGGGUGAAGAUUAAAAAGGAUCCGACCGGGAAGUGUCCGUCCUAA